AUGAUUCAGACAAGAAUAUUUGUUGUUAUUUUGAUUCUGUUAUAUACAACUAUUUGUAAAUGUGAUCCAUGUCGAUUCGAAUAUCCUGGCAAAGGUGUAAUAGAUAUCACUACUUUGGGUAGAACAGAUGGAACAGCUGCAUAUGCAGAUAGAGUAUCACCAAGACAACCUGAUUAUAAAUACAGCUAUAAUCCAUGCAAACCAUUCUCUAAAGGAUAUUACUGUACAAAUGUGGCCGUUUGUCAAAUUUCGGCCGAUGGGCAAUAUCAAUAUGAUCUUGGUAAUCAAGGAACUGCAACAUGGAAUCCAGGUAGUGAGACGGAUAGUGUUCCGUCAAUUACUUAUACGCACGACGUGAGAACAGUCGUAAUUCAACUUCAAUGUUCAACACAGGGAAAAGAAGAAUUUGAAGUUCUUGGGGAAGAUCCAAAGAAUUAUUAUGUUUUUCGUUUAACCCAUAAGUGUGCUUGUUGGAAUGGCUGUUCCAGUACAACUUCCACAACGACAACAACACUUGUACCACCAUCAUUCAGCCCAUGUCGAUUUGAAUAUCCUGGUAAAGGUGUCAUCGAUUUUAGUUUUAUUGGUCGAACAGAUGAAAAAGCGGCAUAUUCAGAUGAAAACACUCGAACAGCAUCAAAUUUCAAAUAUAGUUACAAUCCAUGUAGAUCAUUUUCCCAAGGAACUGAUUGUAUUGGUGUAUCUGUUUGUCAAAUAUCGAAUGAGGGAAAAUAUACAUUUCCUCUUGGCACUCAAGAAAGUUCUUCAUGGAAUCCAGGCUCGGAAUUAGAUAGUAUUCCUUCAAUUAAUUAUUCAUAUAAGAAUAAAAAAGUCACUGUAUUAUUGCAAUGUUCUAAUGACGGCAACAAUGAAUUUCAAGCUUUUGGUGAAGAUCCAAAAAAUAAUUACAAAUUUCAAUUAACACAUAAAUGUGCUUGUUGGAACGGAUGUUCAAAUGCAUCUUCAACAACCACAACAACAAUAACAUCAACGUCAAGUACAACUAUGACUACGACUUAUCAGUCGAAAUGGUAUGUCACUGGGAGUACGAUGGAGGCACGGUUACAUCCAACGUUAACUCUUUUAAAUGAUGGAAAAGUGCUACUUGCGGGAGGAGGCAACAGUCGAUCUCUUCGCAGUGCUGAAUUAUAUAAUCCAUCAACAGGCAAUUGGACAGCGACCGGUAGCAUGUACGAGGAACGAUCACAACAUACAGCAUCUUUAUUAGAAGAUGGCAAGGUGUUAAUUGCAGGUGGAAGUAAUUCUAGACGUACUCUCAUAGAUAGUGCUGAAUUGUAUGAUCUAGUAACAGGCAAUUGGACGCCUACAGGCACUAUGAAUGUAGCACGACUGUCACACGUUGCUAUCGUACUGUCCGAUGGAAAAGUUUUGGUAAUGGGCGGAUAUGGUCAUGAUCCCAUCGAAACUCUAAAUAGUGCUGAAGUGUAUGAUCCAUCUUCAGGAGAUUGGACACCUACUGGUAAUAUGAACAAGGCACGACUUGGGCAUACAGCAUCCCUUUUGUUAAAUGGAAAAGUCUUAGUUGUUGGUGGAGAUGAGGGUAAACAUCAGGGUCCUUCAAAUAGUGCUGAAUUAUAUGACCCAGCAACUGGGAAUUGGACGAUGACUAAGAAUAUGAGUAAUGGUCAAGAAUAUAGCACGGCCACCACUCUCGCAAAUGGAAAAGUGUUAGUUGCAGGAUAUAAUGCUGAACUAUAUGAUCCAUCAACAGGAAAUUGGUUAUCUGCUGGUAAAAUGAAUAGACCAAGGACAUACCAUGCUGCAUCCGUAUUAAGAAACGAGAAAGUUUUAAUAACUGGGGGAGAAUAUUACAGUCCCGCUUUGGAUAGUGCUGAAUUGUAUGAUCCGUCUACAAAUAUUUGGGAAGCUACUAGCAGUAUGAAUGUCAAACGGCAACAGCAUAAUGCUUGCACAUUAACUGAUGGAAGAGUCUUGGUUGUUGACGGUGCUGGACCACUAGACUCUGCAGAGUUGUUUAGUUCAUAA